CAUUCCAUUUUGCGACAUCCCCAUUUUCCAAUUCCCUUUCAACAACCAGUGCCUGCAAAUCGAGCCUACGACUGUUGUAACUUCCAAGGUUGGCGCUUGACCUCGACUCCCGGCCCACCGCCAUCCGUCAUCCGCCUCUCUCUUCUUCAUUUUGCCUUCAGUUUUCACGCUACUCUGGUGAAGGCCUCUUGUGUGUGAAUUGAAUAAUGGGAAAGGCUAAAAAGGCUGGUGCAAUAUUUAUAAGGCUCGUUUCUUCUGCUGGAACUGGCUUUUUCUAUGUGACAAAGAAGAAUCCCAAGAAGCUUCCAGAGAAGCUUGAGUUCCGCAAAUAUGACCCUCGAGUUAACCGCCAUGUAUUAUUUACCGAGGCCAAAAUGAAAUAGGCAAGAUACUGCUAUCUACUUUUGUAUUUCGUACUUUCUUCCAGUAGUGAUGAUAAUAACCAAGAUUGAUGCUUGAUUUUCUGGAAUGAUAGCUCUAGUAGUGGUUCAUAGUAUUGUUGAACACUAUAUAUGGAUCUUUGCUAAAUAACUCAAUUUUGCAUUACACCAUUUUGUGAAAUCCAUACUUGUUCAUUUUUAAGUGAAUUUUAAAAGUUUUUUCAGUUCUCGUAUUUUUUUGAUUCAUUUUAACUUUUUGAAUUGAUGAAUUUGUACCCAUAUCUACUUAUUAGUAGUAUUCGUUGUGUAGAAUUUUUUGUGCUAUUUGAAGCUAAACUUUUUUAAGUAGACGCAUUUACAUGGAAUGUUGUAAAGAUAAGAUUGAAGUUGUGUUCCAAGUGAUUGCGGAUUAAUUGCCACUUUUGAAGUUGUCGUGAAGUGAACGUGUCAUUCUUCGGUGUUUUGAUAUGGAAUACAGGUACAUUUUUUAUAGUUUUUGCAGUUUCUUGACUUCAUUGCUGAGUGAUAUUUGAUAUUUUUUAUUUCGUAGGUCUGUAAAGAGGUUAUCUGCACAGUUAGAGUGAGUCUUUAGUUUGUUGCUGACUAGUAAUAUUGCAUCCUUUUUAUGUUUUUUAUUAAAUAGUAUCACUUAUUAGUAGUUUGUCUUGCUAUUUGUCAUGUGUUGCCUUUUUUAUUUGGAGGUCUUUAUCGAGUCGAGUUUCUCCCUGACCGCCACCUCUUUAUCGCCUGCAAUAAGGGUAUGGUCUGUCGUCGUCUUUCCCACCCUAGACCCUUGAUUUUAGCUUCUAUGAGUGGCAUAUACUGGAUAUGAUGAUGAUGGUUAUGAUGACAAUCAGUCGAUCACUCAUUAGUUGUCCAGUGCCAAAUAGAAUAUAAAGUACAUCAAAACCAAUUUUAGAAGUCAAGAAACUGCAUCUAGGGAUUACGUAUAGGACUUGAUUUAGGUAGCACACAUCUGACCCUUGAAACCCCGCCUCGGUGAGGGCAUAGGUGGACUUAGAAGCCACUAUUUGCAUUGGAGAGUCUCAGUUUGGCUUCUUGUGUAGUGGCUUUUGAUUGCAAUUCUAUGAAUGAAGAUUUGACAAAAGAUGGUGACUUAUUGAUUGAUUGCUACUCUUUCCGUUAUUGGUUCUUGUUAUUUUUGGUUUGGGAGCUCCCUGAAUUUCAUCACAUGGCUCUUUACUUUAUCUUUUUGGCUGGUGUGUUUUCUCUUGGAAAGAGGGAUCAAGGAAAACUUUGUGGAGCAAAUUUAAGCUAUAGACUACAAAAAACGGUGUGAUUGCGACGAUUAGCAAGCAACGAAAAAUAAAUUGUCAUCAGAAAAACAAAAUCAGUGACGAAUUGGCGAUAGAAAAGCAAAUUGUUGCAAAGAGCAAAAAAGACAAUGAAUGGUGGUUGGUUUGUUGUUAAUGUCUGAAUAUAAAAUUAACACUUUGUCUAAUUUUAGAUCUGGUUCAUUCCAAAACACAAAAAGCUUCUCCCUUCCAAUCUCGAUGCCUUCUUCGGCUUCAAGGUAAGUAGUUUUUUUCCUUUUCCCAAUAUUUCAAGUUUUAAAGGGUGAAAAUGAGUGAUGGAAAUGAAUAGAGAUAUUUAGGCAGAUCAAGAUGGUGGAGGGAUGGGAAGGAUGGUAAAGGGGACGGAGGAAGUGUGGGUAUUUUAAUUACUCCUAUUAUUAUUCGUUUGCAACGAAAAUAUUGGUCUAUUAUGGUGACAAACAUUUUGGUCGUCAGUUUGUCGCUAAACGGCAUGUAGCGACAAUUCGUCGCUAAGCCAAAAUAGCCACUAAAACAUGGGAUACCUUAAUAGGAGUUUGCAGUUUAGAUUUGGAGUUCAGAUAAGAUGAUUAAGAUGGUAGUGAACCCAAUUUAUUCUACUUUUCCUCCAAAAUUAACAUUCGAUGAUGUAUUGGAUAGUUCCCAAUGUUUAUAUUCUUUUAUGCUCAAUCAUGUUAUAUAGUGUCACACUUAGAGGUGGACAAAUGAGUGAAAAUGACCCAUACAUUUAAAAAAAAUUUGAAUUAACUUGUCAACUAAGUUAAUGUGACAAGUUUUCUACUCUAUCAGUUCCUCUCCAUUUGCAUUACUUAUUAUUUUAAUUUAUCUCAUUUAUUUUACAUAUUUUCUUUUUUUGAUAAUGAUUUCAUUCUUUCUUUUAAUCUCGUUCACAAAUUUAUUAUUUCUUUUCAUCUUAACCAUUCAUUUAUAACAUUUACUUUUUUUGUCUUAUACUCUAAUUCAGUUGUCUUUUCCAUUAAAAUUUACCCAAAACUGUAUAGGUGCAAUCUCAGAGGAACAGAAUGAGUAUUAUAGUCUAUACAAUAAACAAUUUAUGGAUGUUCUUAACCUUACCAACCCCCCCCCCCCCC